CGAUGCUAACAGAUUUUCUUUGCAGUUUUUCAUCAGCAAAGCUUCUCUAGAUUUCCAACUGCCCAGUGGUCUGAAGAAAAAAAAGUCAACUUGUGGUGGUAGACAGAGCACCAGCACAGGGAAGGAGAGGUCUUGAGAAGGUGGAGGGGAUGGCUCGGCCACACCCUGACAAAACUGGCACCAAAACAUCAGAUGACUGUAACCGACAAGGAAAAAUAAGAAGGAAGGGCUGUGAAAACAUUUGGCUGCUGGACAUCAGAGUGACAGGACUGAGAUGGGAACAGGUAGUAAAGAGGCUGCUGGCAGGCAGUUAUCAAUGGCCUAAGCUUCAGGAAGAUGAAAGGGCCCAGAUAUGUAGAUAUGGAGCUGAUCUACACCCAAGCCACUGUCUGCAUUGUCCACUUCUCAUUGGCUUUUUGAGAAUUAUAAAACCAGAGGAGUUUAAGGGCAUCUUUGGGGGGAAAAUCAGCACUCAUGGAAGCAAAUUCUGGCCAAGGCGCUCCAGCUUCAUUGAAAAAAUAUUUGCUAUGUCAAAUGCCGACAGCUUGGGCUGACCUGCCUUCAUAUCGCGGACCUCCGACACCUGGCAGUAUUGGGGUGUAUACAAAGAGGUCGGGAAGGGAAACCCUGCGUUAUAGGGGCUACAUUUACCCAUCUGCUUCAACAGAAAUGCCCUUGACAGCAUUUCAGCACCCAUUCACAUGUGGGUGUAAGAGAAAAUUUUCCAAGUAUACAAAGCUGCUGAAGGAGUUCAAGGAUAAAGAAGCUGAGACCGAAGAAGAGACAAAGUUGAUCUCAGAGAUUCGAAAGAACAGAGAAAUGCUUGGCCAUGCGACUACGUCAUCUGAAUUAAAACACUGGAUCCAAGAAGACAACACAGCCACCAGUGGAAGAGAAAUUGAAUCCGAACCUACGGGUUCAUUAAUUCAGCAUGUGGAGUCUGACAACGCUGAUCCACUUCAAGAAAUUCUCGAUGAAAGCGAGCCCGCAUCUCCUGUAUGGUUUGAAGAAUUCAAUUUUGCUGCGAACCACAAUGAAUGGCCAUUUUAGCAUGCCGUAGGAGCCGGUGUGUCUUUGGACUUUCAAAUAAAAUAUCUGAAAUCUUGCAUAAA